GGCCUGUUGCGAAUAGAGCGGAAUAAGUGCGCGAACGGCCGAUUAGAAGAAACGAGCGCGAGUGCAUUGGACGGCUGCGCAGCUGCCUUGUUUACGCUGUACUUCGCCGGGGAGCUGGGUCUGGAAUUGUUCGGAAUUGCCGCGGGUAUUAAUUUGCGAGCUACGAGGGCUCGCUUUUAUCCGCGUAUCUUUAAUUGGUCUGCUGCGAGGAAGUUUCGUUGAUGACUUGUUAUUCUGGAAUUACAGUUUUAAAAAAGUGGCUUGAUUUCAAUUAGACGUCGUGUGUCGUGAAAUUAGCUGCGAAAAGUUUAAUAUAGGCGCACUUCGGUGUUGUUUCCCGACUGCAAUGGCAAAAUUAAAGUACAAAAGUUUAGGUUCCUAAUUUAAAAUUAAUAUAACCGUAACGAAUGCAAAAUUUCAAGUAACUAUAACUGGCAAAAAUUUAAGAAACUCAGCAACGUAACACAAAAUAUAAAAAAAUGUCGUCUCUCAUCAUCGCCCACGAUUCGCAAAUGAUGAUGCUGGAGUUUGCGGUAGAAAAGCUAUUCGUGCCGAGCAACAGUCCAUUCGACGCCGUUAUUAUGAGCAAGUACAUCGUAAGCUUUCGUUUCCUCGAUGACGAGUGGAUCGACGUCACGCCAAAUCGACUCGAUUACAAACAAUACCGAGGCUCACAGGGUACGGAGCAGCUCUUUCACGGCGGCAAGUCCCUUGUCAUCUCCGUACCUUCGUCCUUCCUCGACUGCGACUCCGAGAACCCGAGCUUGGAAAUUCGCGCGCGUCGCGAAAUCUCCCGCUACUUCGAGACGGAGGAGCACAUCCAAGACGUCGGCUCGGUUCUCGUCAGCGUUGACGAACUGCUGAACGGUAUCGUCGCUGAGAUGAGACUGAGACGCGAGCUCGGAGAUUACCUCGCUCUCGUCCACGAGCGCGACCCGAUUUCAAGAUCGAUGAAGGGCACGUUCGCUCUUCGAGCCGCGGACGACUCGUUAGCCGAGCUCGAGCUCUACCUGCGGCUGAGCUACUUGGGCUCGAGCGUCGUCACGGAGAUCGACAAGCCCUCAAGCGAUCCCUUCUUCUACGCCCAGGAGGAAACGAAUCUCGGCGAGUCGUCGCGGUACGAGUGUCGCGAGCUCGACACCUCGGCCGUUCCCACCACUGACGCACCAGGACGUCCGAUCUUCUCGGCGAAGCUCGAGUGCGUCUGCACCGACGAGCAGAAGUACGCUUUAUUGCAGCCCGAGGGAACGAAGACUCAGGCGACGAUCACCGCGACCGUAGACGAGGAAGAGGACGACGGAAAGAAGAAGAAGAAAGGGAAGAAGGUAAAGAAGAGGGCGAAAGAGAAGGGCACGAGCACCGAGCCGGAGACCGCAGAUAAGGCUAUCGGGACAAGGGAGACCAAGGGCAGGAGAGCCAGCAGAGAGACGAAGGACAAGGGAGACCCAGACAAGGACGCCGGUAAACAGCAGCGGAAGGAAUUAACGGACGCGGAGCGCAUGAGGCUGAUAAGGUCCAAGCGCCGGGGCGGCGGCGGCACAGUCGGAAUCGUCGAUAGGAGUAGGAAGACGUGCGUCGUCUCCUGCUCAGAAGCAGCGACGCCGGCUUGUUAUUCCACGGACAUUUGCAUAACGAAGCCGGCCUGUUUACCCGCCUGCCCUCCUGCUGCACCUGAACCAGCAGCGGUCUGCUGCUACAAUUGAAUCCGACUGGCUCGGAUGAAUAGUCUGUGUUUUUCUUGGCUCGGGCUUUGGAAAUUUAAUUGAUCUGCCGUUCGUGCCUGAGGAGAAAUAAACCGAGAGCUGCUGCGCGUGGGAGAAAGCUCGAUUUGUUUUGAUUCGCAUUAUAUGCAUAGAAAUAUUCAGCGUCCGACCCACUUCACAGAAUAAAAAUUCAAAAGACAA